UCAAAAAAUAAACACGGAAAAUGUCAAAAUGAUAGCAGAAUUAUUUGCCCUUUCUUCUCGAGGAGAAGCUCUUUUUCACAAAAAAUACCGGGCAGAUGUUCAUCAGAAUACAAUUGAAGUGUUCUCGAAAAGAAUCAGUGAAAGCAAGUCGUCCACUCAUCUACUCCCUCUAGUGAGUGAAGACCAUGUAUACUUCUAUCACAUCAAGAGGAAUUCUAUAUACUUUGUCGCCACAACCAAAGCGGAUGUCUCAUCUAUUUUGGUCAUAGAGACGUUGACGAGGCUUUAUCACUUGUGUAAAGACUUCUGUGGAUUGGUAUCGGAGGAGUCACUGAGGACCAAUAUCAUUCUCCUGUAUGAACUUCUUGAUGAUUUCAUGGAUAAUGGUUAUGUCCAGUUGUCAUCCACUGAAAAACUCAAGUCUUACAUUCAAAGCGAUCCGGUUGCCAUACGGCCAGCAAGAACGCCGGAUAAUAUGACGAGUGGCUUGUUCGGCUUGGAGUUCAAGAAUGUCGUUCCGCCAAAUGCUGCCGACAAGCCUGUAGUAAGGCCUAGGCACGAACAGGAGCAGCGUAAGAAUGAAAUAUUUGUCGAUGUGGUUGAACGAUUGUCUGUUUUGGUGGAUUCCUCGGGGAAUCUUGUGAGGAGUGAGAUCAGUGGCAAAGUGAAGAUGAAGUGCUUUCUGGACGGUACCCCCACCAUUAGACUAGGCCUGAAUGAAGACCUCGUGACAGGCAAGGGCCAUCAGAUUGCCUAUGGGGGCCAGGCCUACCUUAGCCAUUGUACAUUUCAUGACUGCGUCAAGCUGGACGAAUUUGAGGAAAACAAAACGUUGUUAAUCUACCCACCAGAAGGAGAAUUUUCUGCAAUGACGUACACCCAUCAGGAGGAGGCCUACCAAGCCCAGCCAAUCAAAGUGCUCCAUUUUAUUGACGAUACUGAUAUCAAUAAAGAUCUGGAACUUAUCGUAAAACUUCGCUGUGAGAUUCCAGCCCAGGCCCAUGCGAUCAAUGUGUCCGCUGUCAUACCAGUACCAAAAGCCACCACAAAUAUGAUUCCCCAAUUGACUGGACCUGGCCAGACGGCUGAAUUCAUUCAAAAGGAAAAACGUAUAAAAUGGACGCUGAAAAAAAUAUUCGGCGGUUCAGAAACAACAGUUAAAUUUAAGUUGAACAUCCCCAAUAGGACGAAGGCAUACCACCUGGAGUUAGGUCCGAUGGCUUUAGACUUUGAGAUAUCUGGCCAUGUGCCCUCUGGAGUAAAUAUACGCUUCCUGAAGGUAUUCGAUAAGGACGCGACGUUCAUCCCACAUCGAUGGAUUCGGUAUAUAACUGUGCCAGACUCUUACAUCAUCCGAUUUUGAAUAGAUUUUGCUUAUUGACUGCAAUUGUGAGCGAUAGACUGUUCCUCCUUUAUAGUGCUGCACUUGAUGAGGUCAAACGACAUAAUGGGUGAAAUGAAUAAAGACUUGGCAAAUGCUUUUACAGUAGAACCUCUCUAUUAAGGACACCCUCGGGACUGACAAGUGCUGUCCUUAAUGGUCUGGUUUUCGUGAUGGUUGUUUUACUCUCGCUAGAAUACUGCCGGUGAUCCAUCUCAUGCCAAGGUUAUAUGUAAAUGUAUAUUAUAUAUACAAAUAUAUUUAUUGUUGUUUCA